CAUUAACAGUUUACAGCAGAAGCUAAUCUUGCCUUGACUGCGGUGUGGUGUAGCAGAGCUAGGAAGUGGUGGCAGGAGACGCUGGUGCUACCUCUGUGCCCGAGCUCACACACAGGAGCAGGUGGAGUACCAACACCCAGCCCGAAGGUACUCUCUGCCGCUCCCUGCUACCGACCGACCGACCAGCCACUGACUGAAGCCUGCCUCCACACUCGAUCCAUCGUGUCUCUUGUUAUAGCUGUGAGCGCGCUCAGUGACAGUGGAGGAGGGUGAGCUUGUCUACCUGCACACUGCCUCCACCUCGGCCUAAUGUUUUGACAGUCUGUUGACGUGGGUUUGGAUACGUACACAGACAGCCAGGGAAGACGAAGGGAGGCAGGCACCCGGAUUAAUACAUUGGUGGAUGUGGUGAGACGCUCAGCAACACCUAAUUGGUCGAUGACCAGAGGCGUACCUUCAGGCCAGGAUGGGAUGCUGCAACUCCAAGAAACUGCCAGAUGAGGACAUCGAGUUCCUUGUGUCCAACACCAACUUUGAGAAGGGCGAAAUUCUCAAGUGGUACAAGGGCUUCAUGGAAGACUGCCCAGAUGGACAACUGUCAAAGGAGAAGUUCAAGAAUGUCUAUGCCAACUUCUUCCCGGGAGGAAAUCCAGAUGCCUUUUGUGAGCAUGUGUUCCGGUCGUUUGACCGUGAUGGAAGUGGGUCAAUAGAAUUCAAGGAGUUUCUAAUGGCGAUCAACAUCACAUCACAGAAAGGCAAAGCAGAGGACAAACUCAACUGGGCUUUUGACAUGUACGACAUUGAUGGGAAUGGAACCAUUGAAAAGAACGAGAUGGAGAGCAUUAUAGAGGCCAUCUACAGCAUGCUGGGGAGCCAUCUGUCAGACGAUGUCACAGACUCGCCGACAGUACGGACAGAAAAAAUAUUUGACACGAUGGACGUGAACAAAGAUGGCGUAUUGACAAAGGAGGAGUUUAUUAAAGGUUGUAUGGAGGACACGAUGUUGUACCAGAUGCUGACGGCAGAUGCAGAAGCCUCAAAGGAGUAAUACCACACUCUCAUUCCACAUGCCUCACCAGGAACAUGGGCCUUAACAUGCAUUUUCAAAUCAAAAGAUAUAUGUAUCGGAUUUAUGCAAGGGAGAUAACUCUGUGCACAGAGAAAGAUCAGUCGCUGAGGCAAAGGUCAAGGUCAAGAUCAUUCACAGGAAGUGAUUCUGUGGAAUUGAUGUCAUCACUUUUCAAGAAUAUAAAGAAGCAAAUUCAACUCAGUCAAUACAGUGAUUAGCUUACCAAUGACACCAGAAAAUAUUAUUGGGAUAUGUUCUACAAAAAAAUACUUUCGAAUGUAAUAAUAUCAACAGUGAUCCGGCCAAUGCAGUUUGUAUUCAAUGAACAGUUUUGAGAGAAAUUGAGGGCGAUCAUUUUGGAGCAGUCCACCUUCCUUUUUUCUCUGUAUGUAUAUAUAUAGAGAGAGCAUGUUUUUGUUACAAAGGUCAGUCUGAUCUAAUGCUGAUGGAUUACCUGGAGAAAGAGCCCACAACAAAUUCAUGUAAUACGGACCAACUUCAUGUCACCAUGGCAACUGUUUGUAAGAGCAGGAUCCUGUCUCUGUGGGGGAAUCAUCCCAUGUUUGUCUGCAGUGUAUGCAUGGUGUCAUGCAUAUUGUAUGUGUCCUUGUCAGUGCUUCUAUAGUAAGAGGAGACACCUGUAUGUAUCUGUACAUGGUGCAGCUGAACAUUCUCUAGAGCAGCUUCUGGUGGACUAAACCAGUUUGCAGCAGCUAUUAGCAAGACAGUUGGUUUAAAGGGGCUCUCUGAUCACAGUUUAUCAGAAAGCUCCAUUAGCUAUGGAGUGGUUUACCAAUAAAGUGUGCAACACCAUGCUUGAAACAAGACUUAAAUAUACCAAUAUUUUAACAGUGGCAUUCAAAGAGUCCCUUUAACAUUUAGACUUCACUCCACACAUUCCCAAAACAGCAAGUUUUAUGUUGUUACCUCCACCAGGUUUUGUUGUGCAUAAACUGAUAGAACAGGAUAGCUGUUAGUAAUUUCUUCCUUUGAAGACACAUUAAUAACAUUGGAAGGUCAGAUUUUUUUAAGAUGCAAGAAGACAAUUCUUUAUACCUGACAUUAAUUUGUCUGCCUUUGCAAACAUAUGAGUCAUUGAUACAAGGGCUAUCCCCACAUGGCAAGUGGCUAUGAAUAGAAAAGAAUAGAAAAAAAAAUGUUUCCCUUUUCAUCAAUUACUCCCAGAAGCCAGUGUGAAGUUUUUCUUUUUCUGAAAAGGUCCUAUAGGAAAUACCAAAAUCUGAUCUUGCAGUUUGCAUGAAGACAUUUAACUGUUUUUGUGUUGUAUUUCCCCACCUAGACAGGUUCCUGGUUUAAAUGUACUAGGCCAUGUCAUUCAAUUUGUGUCCUUUCAGGAGGAGAUACCACAUCAUUCAUCUUUUAGAAGCUUUUUGUUUCCAGCCCAAGCGCUGAUGUUUGUUCCCAGUUUGUAUACCUAUGUCAUCUAACCGCCAGGAGAAGGAUGGUUUGUGGUCACAGAACUGCACAUUCUGUGUCUGGAAGAUAGAAUGCCAUAUUCUGCAUUCAAGAAACAGAACGGCAUAUUCUAUGUUCUGGAGAGGAAAGGUUUGGAAGCAUAGUCUGUGUUCUGGAGAUGAACUGGCAUAUUCUGUGUUCUGGAGAUGAACUGGCAUAUUCUGUGUUCUGGAGAUGAAAUGGCAUAUUCUGUGUUCUGGAGUUGAAAUGGCAUUUUCUGUGUUCUGGAGAUGAAAUGGCAUAUUCUGUGUUCUGGAGAUGAAAUUCUAUAUUCUGUGUUCUGGAGAUGAAAUUCUAUAUUCUGUGUUCUGAAGAUGAAAUUCUAUAUUCUGUGUUCUGUGUUUCAUGUCAUAGAGGACGCUUGUGGAGGGUGAGGAGCCUACUUGGAGGGGCGCUAAUGGAUUCCACUUUUGAAUGAUUGAUGCCAUCUUGACACUUUGUCAAACCGUUACCACAUUUCAGUUGAAUAUCUGAAUAUAUAUAUAAAUAUAUAUAUCACUAUUAUUUGUACUCUCUGUAGUGGAGUUUGUGGAAGUCUCACAUGGCUGUUGACGAUUGUACUGACUGGUGUGUCAACACAACACUGACAUGAAGGUAAACAGGACACUUUCAAAUCAACAACGUAGGAAUAUCACAUAUGCAUGAGAAACAGAUUGCAGAAUUAAUUGUAGAAUUCAAAAUUGCUAAACAAAUAGAAUAUGACUGAUACGAUAAAACAAUGUCCACGUCUGUUGACAUGAAAGGCCAUAAAUGCUCUAUUUGAAACCAAAUCAUCUGACAUUCUACUCUGAACAGUUCUGGUUCUUUUACGAAUGCUUCAGAAGUCAUAGAUUUUAUGAGUGCUUCAGAGCUGCAAGUCAGCCUGCUUCAUGAGCUGUGCAGGAACAUAGAGCUGGUGUGACUCCAAUCCGUGGUGUGUUACAUACUGCUGGGGCCUCUACCUUGUUAGAUACUGAGGUUGUGUAAUGGCCUGGUAUCUCUUGUCUGCCAUUAUCACUGCACACAACAGCCUUGUUAGCAGGAAUAGAGCACAUCAUAGCCAGGGAAUAAUCAGUCUCAAUUAUGUCACGAAACAGAUUCCAUUGGAUGUAAAAGGCAGAAUAGUGGUGGACAUUUUAUGAAGACUUCAUCAUUUUUUUAAGCUUGUCUUUGUUUACUCUCCCAUCUGUUGACUUCUUUUGGCAUCAGAAACCUAAAAUAAAGAAAUAUAAACAAUCUCAGCAGUUUGGGUGAAUAUUCUUACAUGAAAAAACAAGCAUUUAAGGUGUAAUUUAGUGUUUAUAACUUUGCCUCUGCGAUGUGUCAUUUGUAAAACACAACAUGUACUGCAGAAACGAGUUAAAUAAUACCAGUUAUCCAAUGUAUUUUCAAAAUGGAGCGAUAAAUAUAUUUCUUGAGAAAACAUACCUCCAUGAUUCUGUAGAAUGAAGUUACAUUGAUACUUGUUGGCAGUUCCUCUGUGCCAACGAUCCAAGUGAGUGUUUCAUUGUUUCUUGCUUUCAGUUGAGUGUGUGAGUGGUUUGCUUACCUGAGUCAUGUAAAAAAAAUGUCCCCCCUCCCUAGCUGAUGUAGGUAAAGUAGGUUUGACAUGUUCUUGCACAAUGCAGUCAGACAUUGGUGUACGGCCUUGUGAAUCUUGAACUGAAUCAUUCAUCAGAACACUUACAUUGUCAGUGCUAUGUGUGCAAAACUGAUUCUACAAGCCCAACAUGGACAUCAGCAUGUUCAAAGAUGACAUUUAUUGUUUUCCAGCUAAUUGUUUGGACUGUGAAAGGCAGGAAAUGUCUGUCUACUUUAUUGCUAAGUGCUGUAUCUGCUCCCUGUGUUAGCACACAUCUCUAAACACAUGCAAUCAAUUACAUCCUGUACAAUCAUCAAAAUCUGCUUUAUGAAAACCUUUAAUCUUUACGUUAAGUCUUCAUUAGUCAGGAACAUCAGGAGACUUGAAAUAAACUUGAGCUUGUGUAUCUAGUGUCUUGAAUUCUUCACCCAAUUAUCAAAUAUAAUAUUUUUCAUUAUGUUCAGCAUAAAAAGAAAUGCAACAUUGGACAAAACAUAUUCCCAGUCUGUCAAGAUGAUUGUGUACGUACACCUAGAAAAUGUGGGCUACACAAGUAGCCCGCCAUUACCAGGAUGGAAUUACUGUCAUUCACGGAUGGCAUGAUCAUAUAGUUUUCAUGACAUAUCGAUUAACGCACAUUUUGACUGCAGUCAAGAAAAAGAGUUACCUCAUUGUAGGUUAAAAACCAGGGAAACAUGAUGAGAUCAGUGGAGAAAAUGUGUAAUACCCUGGGGAAGUCGUCACAGUAUCUUCUACCAGAAGUUGCCAGUGGUUUCCUUGCACUGUGUAUUGUGCUUUCAAGAUAACGUUUCCAGUAUCAUCGAUAUUGUUUUGUGUAUGUGGUUUAGUGUCUCACUCAAUUUUUAAUCUGAGAAGCAGUGGCAACUUGCAGGAGAAGAUACUGAGAGGGACGUGGACUCUGGCAAAGUUUGUGUUACUUGUGACCCCUUCUAUAUCAUGUGAUGGAAACUAUAUUAUGUGUAGGAGAGAUCGGUUUCUUACCACGGAACACCAGAACCACAACUUGGUGAGAGGUUGUUUAUCAUUCACCUUAUGGAGGCCGGGAGUAUGUUUGAAAUUUUGAAAAUAGAAAAUAUUUUUUGUUAUUCCAAGCUAUAUGAAACAGUAUUUUAAUAUUCUUGUGACAACACAUUAGGCACUUCACAUUAAGUGACAGAAAUGUAUUAUUUUGAAUAAUCUUUAUGACAAAAUAUACAUUUGAUUUUUUUUUGUCAUGUAAAAUACUACUGGUAAUUCAUUUUUUUAGACACUUGGAAUUGGAUGGCGUGAAAGGUGAAUCAUGAGUCAUGAUGACAUCCUAUAUACACACCGAUGUAUAUCUUUAUCUAACUGCCUUGUUGUAUUCGCUGUCAAGACACAACAUCCUGUUAGGUGACAUCAGUCCAUUUAUUCCCAGAAGCCAUUCAGAGCUGGCCAGGCGUUACACUGAUUAACAGCCUGGUUCAUACAAGAAACAUACUGCAUGGGCAAUGAAGCUUCUGUGCGGAGCAUUUGACUGGCUUAGAAUUGCAUUAUUAAGAUGUUAAGAGGAUUCAGAGUACUGGUGUGAUGAUGCUAAAGGAAUUAAACCAACUAUUUGCAGACAUAUUAAGGCACAAGUCUCAGAAGAAAGAAACCUUAUACCUAGUCCUGUCAACUGUCCAGAGUGUUACCUUCUCAUAAGAAGUCUAUGUCUAAGUAUAGUGGUGUAGCCGAGUGGUUAAAGCGUUCUCUCAUAACGCGGAAGACCAGGGUUCAAUUCCCUACAUGUGUACAUUGUAUGAAGCCCUUUACUGGUGUUCGCAGCCAUGAUAUUGCUGGAAUAUUGCUAAAAGCCACGGAAAACCAAACUCACUCACUAUGUCCGAGUGAUAAUUUUAUGUUUUGAGCUACAUGGUAUAUGUUCAAAAUAUUUUACCAACAACAGUCUUCAUACUAACAAAAGUUAUUUUGGGAAAGAGAUUCUUAACCGUUGUUUCCAGCAAUAAGAUGUGCCACGCCUCACAAAGAACAAACAGACACUCCUGUACGAUCUCAACGUGAAGAAAGUGUAUACACAUCAGUAUACAUCUAUAUUCCAUCUUCAUGUCAGUGUGUGUUGUGUUUACAGAGAUGUCAGAUUUCACAGUCAACCUGUCAACCCUUUCAUGGCUAUACCAGUAGGCAGUUCUUCACUCCAAGGGGAAAUGUGCAGUUGUAUUUUUCAAGAUUUGGAACUAUGCAUUGCAUGUCAGCAUCCCCUCACUGGUCCUGCAAUGUUAUAACACAGUUAUAACACAGUUGUACAAGUAUAGGCUGCCAUCAUGAAGGAAGCAGUCACAGACUAGCAAAACAAUAUUACGGAGUCAAACAUUCUUUUGUGCAUUAUUUGUUGAAACAUUGAUAUGUGUUUGCAAAUAUUGUACCAGUAAGCAAUUCAAGAAAUAUUUAGCAUUUGUAACAAAUCUCAAUCCUCUUUAAACCAUCCAUUGAAAAAAUAGUGCAGCCCUAUACUUUAUCCACUUGGUUGAUCUUUGUAGUGUGUUAUUCGUAGUCUGACAUUCUUCAGUAGGAAACCUGCCUCUACCUGGUGUCUCAUGUUCUCAUGUUAUGAGUUCUGUAUUGGGACGAUUAUUGUCAUUAAUACAGUAUACAUGAAAAUCAAUGUCAUCUUGUGGGAAAAUGUAAAUUGUUGACAAUAUUUACGUUUAGUAAGUUUAUAGAUUAUUUACAGUUUUUUAAAAAGAAAAUGUAUGUUAAAUUUUCCAUUGAUUUUAAAUGUUUAUGUUUUGUUAUGAUACUAUCCAAACCUGUAUAUUGAUGAUCUGUGUUCUGGCAUUGUGUUGCCAUGUGUUUCAUCACCAUGAAUGUACCCACCACACCAUGUUAUACAAUAGCAUAUUUCUAUGUUCAUAGUUUACUUGUAUAUUUGGAUCCAUUUAGCCUUACAUUUUGGUGAUGGGUAGGUGUCCUGCUACUGGCUUGUUGAUUAUCUUACAAUGAUAUUUGUAGUUGUAUUACUAGAAACAUUUUGCAAAGGGCUGUUGAGUCAGAUGCCAUGUUCAAAUCCAAUCAGAUAUUGGCCAAAAAUUAUUUUCUAUAAAAGUGUAACUUGCUAGUAAUGGACCAGGUUUUAUUGUAAACGUUAUGGACAAGAAAUUUCAGGGGAGUGUUGCCAUGGUUGACAAUGACUGUUUGGUGUUUGUCGGGCUCUGACUCAAAACACAACCCAAGAAUGAUUAGUACGUACAAGAAGGAUGUCAUCAAAUUUCUGGGGGAUCUCAUUUUGUCAUGUGGCAUUUGACGCGUGUGACAUUUGUCAACACAGGUUCAAGGGAACAAUUCCUAUGUAUUCAUGCUUGGUUGUUACCAGACAUUGGAUGACAUCCCUUCUCACCAGUUUGCUGGAGCAGACUUGAACUGUUUGGCUAUGACUGACUUGCCUUGUACAAUUAGCAGUACCUGUAGCUAGUGUCCUGUACCACAUACUGUCCCACACACUCACCUGGCAGCCUGGCGGGGGAAGGGGGGGGGGGGCCAGGACCAAGUUCUUGAAGACAGUCUUGAUGUCCUCAAACUCACGUGGCAGCCUGGCGGGGGAAGGGGGGGGCGAGGACCAAGUUCUUGGAGACAGUCUUGAUGUCCUCAAACUCACGUGGCAGCCUGGCGGGGGAAGGGGAGGGGGGGCCAGGACCAAGUUCUUGGAGACAGUCUUGAUGUCCUCAAACUCACGUGGCAGCCUGGCGGGGGAAGGGGGGGGCGAGGACCGAGUUCUUGUAGACAGUCUUGAUGUCCUCAAACUCACGUGGCAGCCUGGCAGGGGAAGGGGGGGGGGGGGGCGAGGACCGAGUUCUUGAAGACAGUCUUGAUGGGGGGCCAGGGCCAACAUCUGGACGAUAAUUGGGAUGCUGAGAGUGGGGGAAAAUGGGCCAUUUUGGUGGCCUGAGUCAGUGCACCUUUGUCAAUUUGCAUUGAGGGUGGACCGUGUGGACGGUGGGCCUUGUGUGUGGUUGAUAAUACUUAGGUGUUGAUGGUGACGAUGGAGGACGAUAGAGUGCCUUGGGUGUAGAUGAUGGGCCUUGGGUGUAGAUGGUUGGCCUUGGGUGUAGAUGAUGGGCCUUGGGUGUAGAUGAUGGGCCUUGGGUGUAGAUGGUGGGCCUUGAGUGUAGAUGGUUGGCCUUGGGUGUAGAUGGUGAAUCUUAGGUGGUGGGUGUACAGCACCUGGUGAGUGGAGCAUGAAUUGUAGAAUGACCUGGGUACAAUUUGUUUUAACAGAACCAUGCUGGCCAUCAAUGACACUACUCCCCUUACCGCCAUGCCGCCAGAUAAGUCAGGACUUUGCUGUUUUGGGAAAUCCUUGUUACCUUGUUUGGGCAUCAUCAAAUCAAGGGUGCACUUGUCAGAGGAUAUCAACUGCAAUAAACAUUCGAUGAAUAAAUCACUAUAACAAUAA